CACACACACACACACACCAGACUGUGUCCGCGAGAGACAUUUCUCACCGCGGCGGCAGCGAACUUUAAAGCAAAGAAUGUGAAGGAGCUGAAAGUCUGGUCGACGAGGGACUAGCGUGCUAGCAACGUUAGCUUGCUAGCAACAAAAAACAACAACAACAACUGCUGCCUUUUAUUUGCUGUCUCGCGACGGACCUCCCAGCUAACAUCCGUCGAAAAAAUGGUGUACCUGUUGAACCCUGUAGAGAACCUGAGAAGCUACAUCAACAACCGUCCGCCGCUGGUCAUCUUCAUGGUCAGCGUCAGUGCGGUGGCCAUCGCCUUCCUGACCAUCGGCUACUUCUUCAAGAUCAAAGAGAUCAAGUCUCCGGAGUUCACGGAGGUGAUGGUGAUGUGACUCUGUUCACUCUCCUGGUUGACCCCCCUGCCGCGCUCAACGCUCUUCUUCUGAUCUCGCCUCUGACAAACGACGAUGAAGCACGGCCUGAACGAGUCGACCACGCCGGAGAGCGUGGUGGUGACCGGCGGCCGGGCGCGCUCCAGCACCCAGGCGCCGCCGCCGCUGGACGACUCGGGCGGCGUCAACAUCUCGGUGCCCAUCACGCUCACGCUGGACCCCCAGCGCCCCUUUGGAGGCUACUCGCGCAACAUCACCCACCUGUACGCCACCGUGCUGGGGCAGCAGGUCGGCCUUUAUGGCCGGGAAGCCCACGAAGAAAUAAACAUCACUUUCACGCUGCCCGUCUCCUGGAACUCUGACGAGUGCGUGCUGCACGGCCACUGCGAGCAGGCGGUGUUCAGCACCUGCAUGACCAUCGCGGCGGCCAGCAACGUCUUCCCGGUCACAGUGCAGCCGUCGCACUGCGUGCCCGAGACGUACACCAACGCCACGUCGUGGUACAAGGUGUUCACCACGGCCCGCGACUCGGACACCAAGUACAGCCAGGACUACAACCCCUUCUGGUGCUACAAGGGAGCCGUCGGCAAGCUGUACCACGCGCUCAACCCAAAGCUGACGGUCAUCGUCCCCGAUGACGACCGCUCCCUCAUCAACCUGCACCUGAUGCACACGAGCUACUUCCUGUUCGUCAUGGUCAUCACGAUGUUCUGCUACGCGGUCAUCAAGGGGCGGCCCGGCAAAGUGCGGCAAACCAUCCCCGACUUCUGUCCCGAGAAGGUACAGCAGACACCGGCCGAGAUAUGUGACGAGAACAGGUGGCACUGUCAAAGGGUUGAAAAGGCCUCGGAGGGUCACGCCAGAACGUACCUGUGACACGCGCAAAGAAAAGAAGAAGAAGAAGAAACUUAAAUAAACAUCCCAGUUGCCUCGUGAACCCUGGAGAUCCGACAAGGGGACACAAAGCUCUGUGAAUGCAUUACUCUCGCAAUGUUGGGUUUUUCCAACCAAAGAUAUACAAGUGCCUGUAUCUGUUGUGUACAUACGUGUAGGAUCUGAUAUUCUGUGCAAAACAUCUUUUUUGUUGUUGGUCUAGCCCCCCCCCCCCCCCCGAUUGGCAGUUCCGGUUCCCCCUCUGCGCGUCUGCAAUGUCAUUUAAAAAACCUUAAAUAAUUGAUUGAUUUAAUAUAUGAACGGUACAAUACGCUCUGGA